GGACUCAAACUCCCACAAUGCAACAGUUCGUCUCCUAGCUACGGCUUCAGGAGCUACGCCCCAAGAAAAAGUGGGAGGCUUGCCCCGGAGAGGGCUCAUUGUAGAGAUGAUAGAGUUUGAACCCCCCCUCAACAAGCUGGUUAGCAGUGACGGGAUUAAGAAAGCCAGCUUUGCUCAGCCUCCGCCAGCCAGAGCAUAGGUUUCCGUCCGCGUGAAUCAUGCCCGUCGUCUCCUCCGCCGGCUGGGAGUGGAGGCAAAAUUGUGCAAGAAGAAGAUACGGAUAGCAGCGCGUAGAGAGGUCCGCGCGGGUCGAGUCACGCUUUCGAGUUUCCUCCUUGUGCCGUGAAAAUGUCUCACCAGGGGCUCCGCCGCCGCUCGGACCUUCUGCUGCCCCCUUCACGUGUGUUUUAAACCGAAGACGAAGAAGACGUGACCCGAAUAGAGGAGCCCGAGAACUGAACCAAAGAGCGCGCGGAGCUCUCUCCAACAGUCGCCGCGCGGAGAUUUUUCUUGAAGUGGGGAAAAAGUUGUGGCGUAAGGAGCAAACAUGGGGAACGCAGGGAGCAUGGACCAGACCACCUAUUUCAAGGGCCACGGCGUGCCAACCAAACUGCCCAUGCCUGAGUCAGGUGAACUGGAGGAGAGGUUCGCCAUCGUUUUGAAUUCAAUGAACCUUCCUCCAGACAAGGCACGACUGCUGAGGCAGUACGACAACGAGAAGAAAUGGGAACUAAUCUGCGAUCAGGAGCGAUUCCAGGUGAAAAACCCACCACACACAUACCUCCAAAAGCUGAGAAGCUAUCUGGAUCCAGCCCUCCCAAGAAAGAAAUUCAGACGGAGGGUGCAGGAGUCCACGCAAGUCCUGAGAGAACUGGAAAUUUCCUUACGGACCAACCAUAUAGGGUGGGUGAGGGAGUUCUUGAAUGAAGAAAACAAAGGCCUGGACGUGCUGGUGGAGUACCUCGCGUUUGCUCAGUAUGCUGUCAACUAUGAUGGCGACUCUGUGGAGAACGCAGACGAUGCCUUGGAUAAAUCCAAGACCUGGAGCCGCUCCAUUGAAGACCUGCAUCGAGGGGGCAGCUUUCAUCGAGGGGCCAACCUGCAUCGAGGGGGCACCCUGCCUCCCAAUGCCACCGGUAAUGGCAUCACCCGCUUGGGGCGCCAUUCCACCUUACGCUACAGCACUAUGUCAAGCAGGCGAACGUUAAAAAACUCCAGGCUGGUUUGCAAGAAGGACGACGUCCACGUCUGCAUCAUGUGCCUUCGUGCUAUCAUGAACUACCAGUAUGGUUUUAACAUGGUCAUGUCACACCCGCAUGCUGUGAAUGAAAUUGCACUAAGUCUCAACAACAAAAACCCAAGAACCAAAGCUUUGGUUUUGGAGCUCCUGGCGGCCGUCUGUCUCGUGAGAGGUGGCCACGAGAUUAUCCUCUCGGCUUUCGACAAUUUUAAGGAGGUUUGCGUGGAGGAGCAGCGGUUCGAAAGGCUAAUGGAGUACUUCAAGAAUGAAGACAACAACAUCGACUUCAUGGUUGCGUGUAUGCAGUUCAUCAACAUCGUGGUGCACUCGGUGGAGGACAUGAACUUCAGAGUUCACCUGCAGUAUGACUUCACCAAACUGUGUUUGGACGACUACUUGGAUAAACUAAAGCAUACGGAAAGUGAUAAGCUACAGGUCCAGAUCCAGGCCUACCUGGAUAAUGUGUUUGACGUGGGAGCCCUGCUGGAGGAUGCAGAGACCAAAAAUGCCGCUCUGGAGCGUGUGGAGGAGCUGGAGGAGAACAUUUCACAUAUGACAGAGAAGCUGCAGGACACAGAGAAUGAAGCGAUGUCCAAGAUCGUGGAGCUGGAGAAGCAGCUGAUGCAGAGGAACAAGGACCUGGAAGCCAUCCGGGAAGCUUACAAAGACACCAGCUCCCAAAUUCAGUCCCUGCGACAGAUGCUGAAGGAGAAGGACGAGGCCAUCCAGCGGCAGAGCAACUUGGAGAAGAAGAUCCACGAGCUGGAGAAACAGGGAACCAUCAAGAUCCACAAGAAGGGAGACGGCGACAUUUCCAUUCUGGCGUCCCCUCCUGCCGGCGUGGAGGGCUUGACGGGGUCCACGGUGAUGGGAAACGGGGCUGCUGUCAAUUCCGAUCAUCUGGGAGCUGGUGGGGGCGUGGCCGGUCCACCUCCACCACCUCCUCCACCCCCUCCCCUGCCAGUGAACGGCACAUGUGGGUUUGGGUCCCGGCAGGAUUUAAGAUUUAAUGUCUGUGUAAUGAUUAUUUUACUGUCCUCUCCUCUCACAGUGCCAAACGGACCGUUACCAUCCGUUUCAGCUCCUGCUCCUCCUCCUCCACCACCUCCUCCUCCUCCGCCCCCCGGACUCGCCUCAGACUUGUUCCCUUCGGCCCCUCCACCUCCUCCCGUCGCCCCUCCACUGCCUGGGUGCGGGACGCCCACUGUGAUCAUGAACUCUGGCUUGGCAGCUGUUAAGAUCAAGAAGCCUAUCAAGACAAAGUUCCGCAUGCCCGUCUUCAACUGGGUCGCCCUGAAACCAAACCAGAUCAACGGGACCGUCUUCAAUGAGAUCGAUGACGAGCGGAUACUCGAGGACUUGAAUGUUGACGAGUUUGAGGAAAUGUUCAAGACCAAAGCUCAGGGCCCCUCGAUAGAGGUGAACAUGAGCAAGCAGAAGGUGAUCCAGAAGGGCCCCAGUAAAGUCACUCUGCUGGACUCGAACAGAGCAAAGAACCUGGCCAUCACGCUGAGGAAAGUGGGCAAGACAACGGAGGAGAUCUGCAAGGGCAUUCAGCUGUUCGACUUGCGGACUCUUCCGGUGGAUUUCGUCGAGUGCCUGAUGCGCUUCCAGCCCACAGAGAACGAGGUCAAAGUCCUGCGGCAAUUUGAGAAGGAGCGCAAGCCCCUGGAAAGUUUGACAGACGAGGACCGGUUCAUGAUGCAGUUCAGCAAGAUCGAGAGGCUCAUGCAGAAGAUGACGAUCAUGGCCUUCAUCGGCAACUUCAGCGAAAGCGUGGUGAUGCUCACGCCGCAACUGCACGCGGUCAUCGCAGCGUCUGUGUCCAUCAAAUCCUCACAGAAGCUGAAGAAGAUUUUAGAGAUUAUCUUGGCUCUUGGAAACUACAUGAACAGCAGCAAACGAGGAGCAGUUUAUGGGUUCAAGCUGCAAAGCUUAGACUUGUUACUUGAUACCAAGUCAACAGACCGAAAGUUAACGUUGUUGCAUUACAUUGCAAACGUGGUAAAAGAGAAAUACUCGCAGGUUUCGCUCUUCUACAACGAGCUACAUUAUGUUGAAAAAGCUGCAGCAGUGUCGCUGGAAAACGUCCUGCUGGACGUGAAGGAGCUGCAGCGAGGCAUGGAUCUGACCAAAAGAGAGUACAGCAUGCACGGCCACAACACCAUGCUCAAAGACUUCAUCACGCACAACGAGAGCAAGCUGAAGAAGCUGCAGGAUGACGCCAAGAUCGCACAGGAUGCCUUCGACGAGGUGGUGAAGUUCUUCGGGGAGAACUCUAAAACGACUCCACCGUCUGUAUUCUUCCCUGUGUUUGUGAGAUUUGUUAAAGCAUACAGGCAAGCGGAGGAGGACAAUGAGCAGAGGAAGAGACAGGAGCAGAUUAUGAUGGAGAAACUUCUAGAACAAGAGGCCAUGAUGGAGGAAGACCAAAAGUCUCCCUCCCAUAAAAACAAGCGGCAGCAGCAGGAGCUGAUCCAGGAGCUGAAGAAGAAGCAGGUGAAAGACAGCCGGCACGUCUACGAGGGCAAAGAUGGAACGAUAGAAGACAUCAUCACGGAACUAAAGAAGAAUAAUAUUACUAAAUUUCCAAAUGUCUACUUGAGGGUAAGGAAGUCCUCCAGUAGCCACCCAGUAGUGGAUGUAUCCCAAAAAUGAUUUGAGGAACCAACCAUACAGGCGAGCGGACGCCGUGCGGAGGAGCGUCAGGAAACGUUACGAUGAUCAGAACCUGCGACUGGCGAACAACGGAGAAAUAGUCAUGUGACGAGGGAGCAGCGGACGUGAACAGAGGAGGGAGGGAGGGAGGAUGGAGGAAGAGCAAGUGUGAUAUGGGGGGAAGGGGGCAUCUGUAGCAUUUAUAUUUGUAUAAAAGAAGAUUUCCUGCGUGUUCAGUCACAAUGAAGGAACUGAAUUUGUCUGAAAAAUCACUUUAGACGAGCCAAGUGCCUAAAUUAAUUUGUAUUUUUUGUGAUUCUGUUUUUGUCGUUUAUUUGUUUGUUUGUAACUCCUCUUAAAAGCAAUACACCCCCCCACCUGGCUUUAAUGUUGAAAUGUGUCAAACUGGACAUGCAUGGGCCUUUGGAGCCAUGUGAAAAAAGAUGUUGGAAGGAUAACGUAGAAUGUACGGGACCUGUUCCCUUUAGCUGUUACAAACUUUUCUUUUCUUUUUUUUUUUUUUUUUUUUAGCAAAAACGUCUCCCGCUCCGUCUGUAUUUUGGUACAUUCCAGCGUUCUCAUCCAUUCCCCGUAUAGGAGGAGUCUCAUUUUUUACUUAAAGGGCUAACAGAAAAACAGCUAUAUUUGUACUACAGUAGCAAAAAAUAAAUAAAUAUAAAAUAACAACGGACUAAUGUGAAUUGUAUUUAUUUUCUAAGUUAAAAUCUUUAAAUGACGGUUAGCUAAAACCACCUUCCUGACAGAAGCAAAUAAAGCCGACAAACUGCAUGACUUUAAUACAAAACUGGCACUGAUUUAUCUCAUCAUAACUGGACUGUUUUUUACUUUUUACUGCCAAUAACAGCACCGGUUCUUCUCACUUUACUGUAAUUAUGAUGUAUAGUAUUUAACCGCUGAGAAGAUUCAUCACCAUUUCUGUUCAUAUCCAUCUAAAAACUGGACAAAUGCUCACACCACAACUGGUUUUCAUUAUAUCGACAUUUUUUUGGUCAUAUUUGUGUAAAUAUUGUUUAAACAAUGCCUUGUGUUAUCCAACUUGAAUUUUAUUUUAAUUUAUAGAUUUUCAUUUGUAUUAAAUUAAGCCAAGAUGACAGUGGAGGUUUGAUGUGAGGAGGAGGGGCUUUGUGUUCAGGUGUGUCACAGGUACACCGUACAGACAGAAAACCUACCAUUUAUUAAAGAUCCCCCGUGUUCUCAAUUUCUCUGAACCACUCGGCUGUCUUACGGUGUCAAACUGUUUUUUUUCUUACUUUUUUAUUUUAUAUAUAUGAUUACUCUCAGCAAAAGAAUAUCAUAGAAAGUCUCAGUUCAGAAUAACAUUUUUUAUAACAAUGUGAUUUUCAAAAAGAUACAAUAAAGUAUUGACAUUGAAUAUAAAA